AUGGAAAAUCUAUUUGGAAACAAAAAUUCAAGACGUUACAUGCCUAGUGCAAACAUAUGGAGUACUAGUACCUUAUCAAAUAUACAACAGAGCCACUUACUCAAAAUGUACACAACUAUACUUAUUGGUACUAUAAUAACAACCCUUGGUGCAGUUAUAUACAUAAACAGAUUAUUACAAAUUCCAACCUUAGUAGGCUUGAUUACUGGUUUUGGUUGUAUGUUUUAUAUAAUUAGAAGUAGUAGUAACACUGUUAUAAUCUCAUUUUGGCGUGUAUUAGCAUUCCUUAUCUUUUGCUUUACAUUGGGUAAUAGUUUAGGACCUCUAAUUAUAUAUGGGAACUUCAUAAAUCCAAUAAUUAUCCCUACAGCUUUAAUAACAACAUUAAUAUUAUUCGUUUCAUUAUCAUGCUCAGCAAUAUAUACCAAGAAGAGACUUACCUUGUAUAUGUCUGCUUUAAUAUUAUCUGCAUCAGCUUAUUUGGGAUUUAUUUCUUUCUUUAAUUUCUUCUUUCGUUCUAAAUUUGUGGAUAUUACUUUAUCAUAUGCCUUUAUCUUGCUCUAUUCACUUUAUGUAUUUUAUGACACUCAAAUUACGUUAGAAUGUGUAGCUUAUGGAGAAAAGGACUUCUUACUUCAUGCUAUCCAACUGUAUUUAGAUGGAAUUAAUCUCUUUGCAAAAAUAGCUACAGUUCUGAUUAAGAAACAUCAGGAAGAAAAAGAAAAUAAGAGGAAAAGAUAA